AUGAAUAACAAGGAGAAGGACUUUAUUUUCCGGUUUGAUAAGGAGUCUAAUGCUUCAUAUUCUCAGAUCAAUUUCGACUUCAACAAAUUUCAUCUUGACGGAUCUAACUACUCUAAAAGUGAGUUUUGACUCAAAGAAUUCCAGAUGGAGCCUAUGAAGCAAUACCAGCACAGUCUUGAGAAAGAUUCAGAUAUUCACCUAGCCAGUUUUACUACCCCUCCAGAUUUGAUCAAGCAAGCUCAAGAAAUGAUCAAGGAUUCUAACUGAGUGUGCGAUCUUAAAGAGGAAGUCGAAAAGAAAUUUAAGGCUAAAUUUGAACCAGCCAUUGAAAAGAAAGACAUCGAUAACGGCAUCUCUUAUGUCGUCAGUAGCUGUUGUGUCUCUAUGAAUGAUCUCUGCAAAUGUCUGACUGAUACUUCAAGUACAAUGCAAGAUAUGCAAAUUUAUAAUGGUGAUGUUCCCAACCAGUUCAAAAUCAAGAUAGAUUCUAAAAAUGGUCUUCUGCCUAUCAACCAGGUCAGGAUGUGUUGUAGUUGCCCACCAGGCAAGUGUAAGAAGAAUCAGGAGAAGGAGUUCCAAGUUCCUGAGAAAGUUUUGAAGGCUCCUCCCAGAGCAUUCAUCCUUCGCAGGAAUAUAUACAGGACGUUCUUCAACUUCUUUAAAGAUUGCUUUGCGAAAUACACCAAGAAAUUUAUGAAUCUGAGGUGCUCGCCUGAAAAAUAAGGCAGAGAAAAUGGAAAAAUAUAUCAGUGAUUUCAUCGAGGAGAACUUUGAUCAGCAAUAUGCUAAUCUUAAUUCUGAACAACAGAAGGAGUUCAUAGUAGCUUUGAAGCAAGUGCUGUUCAGCCACAGGCACAAAAAGGGUGAUCUUUUUGUCACCAACAUUGAUUUUACCCCUGUCAGGGAUGUUAUGUACUCUUAUAGCUACAAAGCAAGAGAUGAGUUCUUCUCGUCUAUGUACAGAUGCUUCUUUUUCAAUUAUUGUCUAGAUAAACACAAGGGCACCUUCUUGAAGAAGGCAAAGAAGAAGGAUACGAAGAGCCUUAAUGAAGAAUAUGAAAAGGAAUUUAACGCAAUCGAGGAUAUACUCAAGACAAAGAGAGUUAACCUCUGGCUAAGUUAGUCUUUAAUACUGGGACUCUUAGUAAUCUUGCUGAUUCAUAUUCUUAAUAUUUUAUAAUGACAUAAUGGUAAUUCUAUUCGC